CAAGUAACAUUUUUAUUUAUUCCAAAUUCAAAAAACUUCAUACGUUACAUGUCACUCACGUUUUGAUAACUUUUUUUAAUUGAAAAAUCUUUUAACGAUGGAUGCUGAAUAUGAAGAGUUAUACAAGUGGAUCGAAGAACACACAAUAACUCGACCCAAACGCAACAUAAACCGCGAUUUUUCGGACGCAAUACCUCUUAUUGAAAUCCUAAAAGUACAUUACCCCAAGCUUGUGGAAGUGCACAACUACAGUCCAAAAAACUCAUUCGCUCAGAAAAUAAUCAACUGGGAAACACUCAACAAUAAAGUACUGAAACGACUCAAACUCAACCUGACCAAAAAACGGAUCGACCAACUGGCAAAAGCUGAACCUGGAGCCAUCGAAAAACUCCUCUUGGAGGUAAAAAAGAAAGUUGAAACGAAAGAUUCAAGCAAUGACAAUUACGAAAUCCUUUACCUAGAAGGAAGCCCAUCUGCCGCAAGUAGGAACGGAACUAAAAAAGUGAUAACACACGCAGCGUUCGAAAAAUUGCAAGCAGACCUCGUUGAAAAGUCUGAAGCUGUCACAAUACUGAAAAAUAAAGUGGACCACCUCGAAAAUUUGUUAAAUAUCAAAGAAGAGAGAAUUAAAGAUUUGAGUUUACAGCUGCAAACAAUUGUCAACCAAUCGUCACGACCCGAAUCUGGUCAAGGCUCGAAGUUUUUCGGCUUUUUUCAAUCCGCUAGUCUAAUACCCGAUCCAAUCAAAAACGAAUAAUGUCUAGUAAUUUAUUGAAAAUAAAGCGUCACAAAAAUAGAAA